CGCCCCUCGGUCGGUGGCCAUCGCACACGUCCUGCCCGGGCCAUCUCCGAGGAGGUGUCGCCAGGGAGUGUGCGGGGCCGGCGGGCGGCCACGAUGUCCAGCCCCUUCCUGAAGCAAGUGUUCAACAAGGACAGGACCUUCCGGCCGAAGCGCAAGUUCGAGCCGGGCACCCAGCGCUUCGAGCUGCACAAGAAGGCGCAGGCGUCACUGAACGCGGGGCUGGACCUGAAGCUGGCCGUGCAGCUGCCCCCCGGCGAGGAGCUCAACGACUGGGUGGCCGUGCAUGUGGUGGACUUCUUCAACCGCGUCAACCUCAUCUACGGCACCAUCAGCGACGGCUGCACCGAGCAGUCCUGCCCGGUCAUGUCGGGCGGCCCCAAGUACGAGUACCGCUGGCAGGACGAGCAGAAGUUCCGCAAGCCCACUGCCCUGUCGGCCCCCAGGUACAUGGACCUGCUCAUGGACUGGAUCGAGGUGCAGAUCAACAACGAGGACGUCUUCCCCACCAACGUCGGCACGCCGUUCCCCAAGAACUUCCUGCAGGUGGUGAAGAAGAUCCUGUCGCGGCUGUUCCGCGUCUUCGUGCACGUCUACAUCCACCACUUCGACCGCAUCGCGCACAUGGGCUCCGAGGCGCACGUGAACACCUGCUACAAGCACUUCUACUACUUCGUGCGCGAGUUCGGCCUCAUCGACACCAAGGAGCUGGAGCCGCUGAAAGAAAUGACCGCACGGAUGUGCCACUGAGAGCCCCUCGGCCCCGCUGUCACCGAGGCAGUGCCAGGGGGCCACCCCGACUCGAGGGCCACGUCUCGGGAACAUGGACCCGUGUGUUCUAGCCCAGCGUCAGGGUGCACUCUGUGCCAUCGAUGCUCCACG